GAGCGACUCCAGGUUCUGUGUGGUGACACUCCCCCAGAAGGUGGUCUCUUGAUCCCAGAUGUUCCUGGCAGCUGUGUGUGGGACAGUAACUCUCACCUCGCUCCUCCGUCUCUGCUCCUGUUGACACAUGACUGCGAGCUCGCCCCUCAAUAGUGUCGCCCUGCGACGUCCCCUCGCGUCCAGAGGUCAGACAGAGAGGCCACUUACAAUAGUGGCCCACUGUUCAUGACACUGGAGAAAGACGUGACUUCUGUGGCAUGGAACACAGACACGCCAAGUGCACUGCCACCUAUUCAAGUGUCCUCCGCACUCGUCCGUGACUGGAGGCGCCAACAAACCCUCUUUGCUGGUCGUCACUGUGAAAGGGGAGGGACUCGCCCCGGGUGUGUUGUGUUGCAUGUGUGAUGGGAACUGCAGUCAGGUGAGCGCAGAGGGAUCUAUGGCUGGAUGAGCUCAUCCGAGGGACGUGCCAGAACCAACACCUUUGAUGACCGCUGUCACUGGUGCUGCUGUUUGUUGGGAGCUGAAGACUGAAUCCAACAGAGUCCUGCUGAACGCUUACAGAAAAGGGCUGAGAGCACCAAACCUGCAGCGGAACCGUGAAUCCAAGAGUUGCACCGCAGAUUCUGGCACCAACAUGGCCGACAGCAAAGACACGGUGGAGGACUUCAAGGUGCAGACGGCCAAGCAUCCCAACAUGACGGCGGCCCAGAUGCGGCCUCACGCUGAGCAGUCCAGGGACCGGGCAUCCAAGCGCCUCUCCACCGAGUCCAACGGGACCAGCAACGGCGGCGCGGGCUCGUCCACACCGGUGGAGCUCACGGCUCUGGAGGAGUCCUUUCGCCGCUUCGCCAUCCACGGAGACACGCGGGCCACCGGCAAGGAGAUGCACGGAAAGAACUGGUCCAAACUCUGCAAGGACUGCGGCGUGAUUGACGGCAAGAACAUCACCCUGACUGACGUGGACAUCGUCUUCAGCAAAGUCAAGAAGAAAUCCUGCCGCACCAUCACGUAUGAGGAGUUCAAGGCCGCCCUGGGAGAGCUGGCCCGGAAGAAGUACAAGGAGAAGAGCGGAGAAGACGCCGAGGCCGAGGUCUUCAAGCUGAUCGAGGGGAAGUCGCCCAUAAUCGCUGGCGUUACGAGAGCGGUGGCGUCCCCCACCGUCAGCCGCCUGACCGACACCACCAAGUUCACAGGCUCGCACAAGGAGCGCUUCGACGACAGCGGCCGCGGCAAGGGGAAGGCCGGCCGAGUCGACCUGGUCGACACGUCAGGUUACGUCUCCGGAUACAAGCACAAAGGAACCUACGAGAAGAAGAUCCACAAACCCAUGUGAAGCUCUCCCGCGAGGACUUUCCGAACUAAAGAAACGUUUCCGUCGAUUUCCUUCCUGACUGUCGUCAUUUCGUGUAAGAGACGUUUUUUGAGUUCCUCUCUUGAUGCGAGAACUGGAAAAGUGUUUACAUCUAUUUUUACAAAGUCAUCACCAGCUGGUACGUUCCUGCCAAAAUACCGACGAGCACAAGCGAGCGAAGAGACCAGAGGGCCUUACGUUUCAAGCUCCCGUUGCACUUUUUCUAGCGCCGUAUUUACACGUCCAUCUUUGUAGCGUUCCAGCGGUAUCUGGUGCAUGUUUUGAACGGAUUCUUAGCUGUCGUUCCCCAAGUUUCCCUUCAGGUCCGUCCAACAGGAGCUUCAGGUUCUUGCCAAAACAGGUUGUGCUAAACAUUUCUCAGCUCAAUGUUCCGUUUUUGUAGGUAACGUUUACAAUCCUAUCGGAUGUUUCUGAGACUAAACCCCUUACAGCUUUAGUUGUGCCAGAUUGUGUUGCUAACUGUCUUACAGGUUUUGAUGUUCCCACCUCAGAUGUCUAUCCAGUAACAUAUGUGGUCGUGGUGUAGAUUCGAAGAGACUUCUGACACCGGCGCUGGGCUCUCGUGCGUGUUGCUGUGCUGUGCAUGUCGUGUCAGAGGCUCGGGCCUGACACGCUUUCCUGCGGAGAAACCCUGAACCCGAUCACGGUGCCACACGACUGCAGGAAAAACAGGCUGGGUUUUUCAUAAGAAUAGACGAUUCGCUUUGUUGCCAUCCAACACUGCCUGAUGAAGAAUGGUGCAUCCAGAGAAGAAAAACUAGCAGCUAUUAACUUUUGAUUUUUGAGUCCUGAAGUAGUCUUGUUCUUUUGUGCUUCAUGCCAAAACUGUGCACCUUUAAUGUGGAGGAGCGAUGUGUGUUGCUGUCGCCCUGGUGCAUGCUCCGGUUCCUCCCACCUCUUCCUGUGUGUUACCCAGCUGUAGUGCAGUAUUGGAAAUAAAACAUCUCUGUUGAAGA